AUGGCGGCGGCCUCCUCCAACUGCCAAGACGAGGGCUUGCAGCACUUUCGUUCGGCGGGGCGAUCGCCUACCUUCGACCAUCUGAAGCUCAGGGAGAGCGUCUAUGACAAUAUCAUCGGCCAGGUGAACGGGGCGAGAGCGGUGGAUAAGCUCAGGAAAGUGGGCGCGAUCGAUCGCAUAAGCGAGGGUAAGGCUGUCAACAGCAAGUCCCUGGAAUACAGCGAUACAAUCACGCCGUCCACCAGUAACCCCAACGUACUCAAAUUGCCGGCGCUCCAGCAGAACCGGCGCCUCGCAGUUGAUUUGGAGUUCAACGAUGACGCGCCGCCCGCAUGGACACUCCUCCGGCGCGUCACGCACAACGUCUGGAUGUCUCUCAAGAUGACGCGGCUCUUUCUCUCUCUGGCGUGGGCGGAUAUCAAGGCGCGUACCUGCAGCUACUGCCUCGGGUUCUUCUCUGUGUUCAUCGUUGUACUUCUGCUUGUGCUGAUGUUUUCCAUCCUGGUGCACAUGCCGAUUUUGUUUCUCCAUUUUUCCGAGGAGACGCGUGGCGAGUUCGACCUCAUAAUCGGGCCCGGCAGUCUCAUGAGCAAGGCGACGGGCAUCAACUACACAAGAAUCAACGAGCUGUUUCCGGAAAGCGACCCCGAUUAUGGAUACAGCGCCCCGCGCUUCUUGGACAUCUACAUGGCUCGCACCACACGCUCUUGCCCGGGCAAGAAUGUGACGCAGAUGUGGUACAACGCGGACGGAAGUGUGUGCGACGACGUUGACCUCUGCAUGAGUGGGUGCUUCUCGAACGGCACGGCUGCUGUGGACCUCAUUGCGAUUGACGCAGCGGCGGAGGCGCGCAUGGAAUUUGGCACGCACUACGACGAGCCUACGCUGAACGAAGGAGAGCUGAUCUUGUCGCACCGCGCAGCGGUUCUCAUGGGCGGGGUGAAUGUGGGCGACACGAUAAUCCUCUACGGAGAUGCUCGGCUGAACAUUCAGCUCCCGUUCGCUAAUCUGACGCAUAACGAUUCGUCGAACGUCAUGAUGCCGUUCAAGGUCGUAUCCGUCAUUCACGAGUACUACCGCAAGUUCCCGGAUGUCGAUACCUUUGUUGUCGUGUCCUUCCAGACGUUCUUGCGCGAUUUAGCGAAAGGCUUGGGACCGGACACGUCCACCCGUGGUGUAGAGGGGGUCGCCAACACGAACCCGAGCGACUGCGCGUCUGCUGUGUACUUCACCAUGAAUCCGGAGGCCCGACUGAAGGCGUACAGCCUCACAAGCUACGAGAAGAUUCGCAGGAACGUGGUGGUGUGGGCUUCGGGGGUACUGUCGCCUCUCGGGUUCAUGCAGGUCAGCCGCUCUGCACCGCAGCUGCGCGGCUUGUACGUGACACGGCUGUUCAGCGCCUUUGUUGGGCUAAUCAUGUCCCUCAUCCUCUUGGCGCUGGUGCUCCUUAGCGUUGUGCUGAUCUACACCCUUCUCACGGUCGGAAUCGAGACGAAGACGUAUGAGCUCGGUAUCCAGCGCAUGAUUGGCCUUACGAAAGAGAAUCUGAUCUUUUUGGUUCUCGCCAACGCGUAUGCCUUUACCUUGCCUGCGUGGCUCAUCGGCCUGGCUGCCGGACAAGGCACUUACACGGGGGUUCGGAUCGUUUUCGCGAAGUUCGUAGAUGUACAGCUGCCCAUGUUGGUCACGGGGGCCUCCCUCGGGUGGGCCACAGUCGCCGGCCUCGGUAUCCCUAUUGUGGCCUCUUUCUUUCCGAUCCUCUCGCUCGUGACGCAGAAGCUUCCCGACGCAAUCAACACCUCGCGCGGCCGCAAUAGUGGCGUCAUAUACAAGAUCGAGCGCGACGACUCGACGCAGUGGAACGGGACCAUGCUCGUCCUCGGCGUGCUCUUCUUUGCGUUCGGCUUCCUGAUCUACUAUCUGUUCCCCACCGCGUUAAUCGCAAUGAACCUGAACUUGAUCUUCUACAUCUUCUUCGGCGUUCUCAUUGGUCUGCUCGCGGGGCUCGUACUGCUCGCGAUGAAUUUUGAGCGGGUGGCGCAGACAUGCAUCAGCUAUCUGCUGCUGUUCUGGGAGAGCAGGGCUGUCUUCUCGUUCAUGCAGAAGAGCCUCAGCGCGCACCGGCGCCGCAACCGAAAGACAGCGUUGAUGUACGCGCUUUCUCUCGCCUUUGUCAUUUUCAUUACGGUGGUGGUGCAGAUCCAGCUCGUCUCCUACGAAUACUCGUCUCGCCAGCGCAUGGGCUGCGAACUGUAUGUAGAAACAAAAGGCCUAACCGUGGAAGAGUACUGGGCCAUAGAGGAGAUUAUCGAACACCAGAUGGAGACCGGCAUAAUCUCUGCCUACACGUACGACUACAACAGCUCCGCUCUUACGUCUCUGAAAGGCGCGACAGUCUCCUCCAUUGGUCGCUUACGCAGCUCCGGCACGAAGCUAAAACCACUCCCUCCUAACUACUUCGAGGUCAUGGAUAGGACUUACCUGCACGUGAACAACUACCAGAGCAUCGUAGGCCGCUACGGGCUUGUGCGGGCCCUCUACAGCCCUGAAGGCCUCUACAAGGGGAUCUUGUCCUCUGGCGCGGCGGAUACCCUCGGCGUCGGAAGCGCGGACGGCGUCGUUUUGCUCAAGAUCACCAAGGUGCAAAACGCGACCUUAAACACCGAGGUCAUUCGUCGGGUCACCAUCCGUCCUGUAGCCACGCUCAACACGGCACCAGCCAUAGAUACCUCCAAGUACACCGGCACACAAGGUGACGUCGUGUUGAGUAUCCCUGGACUCUUCCGACACCUUAACGAGUCGCGCGUAAGCGUGUUGAACGGGAACGUGGGGAAAAUUCGGCUGCGCAUGAAUGACCCGAACUGGUACGACUUCAUCGGUGACCUGCUCACCGGGAGCAUUGCCGCGCUGGGUCACACAGUGACUGUGACGAACAUUAGAGAUGCGACGAGAGACAUGGCCGCGGCCAGCGAAGCGCUGAAUUUCUUCUUCAUUGUGGCGGAGAUAAUGAUUUUGGUCAUUUGCUUCUUUUCUCUGAUGAGCAGCAUGACGACGAACGUGCUCGACUCCUCCAAGGAAAUUGGCGUGCUGCUGUGCUUGGGCAUGUCCCACUUCCAGGUGUAUCGCGUGUACGUCUGGGAGGCCUUUGUCUUGGUCGUUUCGUCUGGCGUCAUGGGCCUCAUCGUCGGCCUUGUGGUUGCCUACACGAUGCAGCUGCAGAACAUCCUAUUCACGCAGCUGCCUCUGCCAUUCCCUUUUCCGUACAUCCAGCUGGCCAUUUUGGUGGUCAUCGGUCUCGUUUCAGCGCUAGCGUCCAGCAUCAGCCCGGUGGCGUACCUUUUAGGUCUUCCUUCCGUCACGCACAUCCUGCGUCGCACCAUUCACUGA